UCCAACAGAGGGGGCACGGCGAGCUCAACCGAGAGCCCGGACAGCCGCACAAAAGGCAUCUUGGAGGGUUCACCAGCCUCAGCCUUCCUCUGUCCCCUUUCCCGCCCCGAUGAAUGAGCGGAGGCAAAGCUCAUUAGAAACAAACCCGCCAAGCUUGCGGACUUGGGCGUAGGAAAAGCACGGGCGGGAGCCAGGCGGGGUAGCCCGCAGCCUGACAGACUCCGCGAUGACUUGGAGGCGCCUGUAAGGGAGGAAGAAAGCGGGUUUCCCGAAGCAGUCUUGAGUGGUGGCAGCGGGACGGGGGACGAGCGCCUGGAUAUUUUGUUCUCUCCCCCCCCCCCCCCCCGCCCCGGGCGUCUUUCUUUGGAGUCCCUCCCCGGAGGGAAAAAAAAGUGCUGCCCACCAAAGAGGCAGACGAAGCUCCUGCUCUGUGUCACACUCGCGCGCUCCCAGUGUGAGUCUCCCUCUCUCCCGCUCCACUCUUUGAGAAAUCCACGCUUCUGUUUUCUAGGAUGCUGGGAUGUGAGAUCUAAGUGAGAAAUCUUCGUCUUUUUCUUCUGCUUUUGGAUAGAGCAGUCGCUUUGGUACUCCCCAUGGACUGAAGAGAGAGGAGGGUGGGGAGGGCAUUUUCUUGGAAAUUCAAUGGAUAUGAACUUGGGGGCUUUGGAAUCCGGCUGGUUUGGAAUAUCUGGAUGCUGAUCGUCUUUUGCAGUGGCAAACGGAAGCUCGCUCAGGGGAACGAGCUGCGGAACAGAAAGAUGUCUCUUGCCACCUUCUACUUCGUUUUGCCCCUAAUGGAGGUGCUCUUGUCUGCAGAAGUGAGCGGGCUGCUUGGUGGGGACCGUCUGGACUGUGUGAAAGCCAGCGACCAGUGUCUCAAGGAGCAGAGCUGCAGCACGAAAUACAGGACACUGAGGCAAUGUGUAGCCGGCAAAGAGAGCAACUUCAGUCGAGCGACAGGCCUGGAGGCCAAGGACGAGUGCAAAAGCGCCAUGGAGGCUCUCAAGCAGAAAUCCCUCUACAACUGCCGCUGCAAGAGAGGCAUGAAGAAGGAGAAAAACUGCCUUCGUAUUUACUGGAGCAUGUACCAAAGCUUACAGGGAAAUGACUUGCUUGAAGAGUCACCUUAUGAACCAGUUAACAGCAGACUAUCGGACAUAAUGAGGCUAGCACCAGUCCUGUCAGUGGAGUUUACGAUUUCAAAGGGGAACAAUUGUUUGGAUGCAGCCAAAGCCUGCAACCUAAAUGAUACCUGCAAGAAACUCCGAUCGGCUUACAUAGCCCCCUGUACCAGCAGUAUGUCUAAUGAAAUCUGCAAUAAGCGGAAGUGUCAUAAGGCCCUAAGGCAAUUUUUCGACAAAGUUCCCCCGAAGCACAGUUAUGGGAUGCUCUUCUGUUCCUGCCAAAAUAUUGCAUGCACGGAAAGGAGACGCCAGACUAUUGUUCCUGUGUGUUCAUAUGAGGACAAGGAGAAACCGAACUGCCUGAAUUUACAAGAUACUUGCAAGACGAAUUACAUCUGCAGAUCUCGCCUUGCCGAUUUUUUCACAAACUGCCAGCCUGAGUCACGGUCUAUUAGUAGCUGUCUGAAGGAAAACUAUGCUGACUGCCUCCUCGCUUACUCGGGGCUUAUUGGCACAGUGAUGACACCAAAUUAUAUAAACUCCAACAGUCUCAGUGUCGCUCCAUGGUGCAACUGCAACAAUAGUGGCAAUGACUUGGAAGAAUGCAUGAAAUUUUUGAAUUUCUUCCAGGAUAAUGCAUGCCUUAGAAAUGCAAUCCAGGCCUUUGGCAAUGGUACAGAUGUGAAUGUGUGGCAGCCAUUGCUACCUGUCCAGACCACCACAGCAGUAACCACAACAGCUUACAGAAUUAAGAUUCAGGAACCAGAGAACACCAACAAUGAAAUUCCUACCAAUGAUUUACCAGCAUGUGCCAAUCUGAAGUUACCAAACCAGAACUUCAAUGAAUCUGUAGCGACGGAAUUCUGUAUGUCUGGGAAUGCAAUGGGAAAAGAGAAUGUGGCAGGAGGUUCCAUCAGUCACAUGUCUUCGGAGAAUUCAUCUGCUCCCUGUAUCAGCAUCAGGUCAAGCACAGUUCUCAUGCUGAUGGCCACGGCACUCUCCUUCUGCUUCUCCCCACGUCCAGCAGGAACCUCGUAGCUGCUUUAACAAAAGGACCUGUAUAAAGAAAAAAGGAAAAAAUUGAUCUGUUCCCUGUUGUUUUUCUAAAGUUCCUGUUCUAGAAGCUAAAUGGAGGCACUGUGCUAAAAGAAUAGUUCUGGAUCAUUACUGUCAUGAUUUCAUUCCUUUUAAAGAAAGCUUCUUAUGAUAUUUAGAGGCUUUGUGAAAUACUUGAUGAUGCAGUGCUACCUUCCAAACCUAGAAGGUUUUUGGACACACUGUGUUUCAAAGAGAUGGAGUUCCAGUUUGCUCAUAAAUCUCAGAAGCUUGAUUCUUUCUUCUGUUAUUUUAAUUUUACCCCAGAAAAGAAGUUGUAUUUGUUAGGAUCUGGUUUCUCUCAUUUGGGGACCAGUCCACCAGGAAGUUCUCCUGUGCAGUUCUGUUGUAGUGAAAGAAAUCUGAGCAAGUACAAUGGUACAGCUUUUGUAUCCCUCUCCCACAAAGUCCUUGUAGUGUAGGUCUGGGACAGAUUUCCUACCCAGCUAGAAAUUGGACUAGAGUCAUAGCUUCCAGAUGGGGCAGAAGCAUCUCCAGAGUAGACCCACAUCCUGCUGUUUUCUGGUGCAUUUUAGACCUGUUUCAGAAAUGCAUGAAAAGUAUCUAUGGCAAAGCCUUGAGUCUCCUUAGACUUAGUGCAACUGCCAAGUGUCUCUGGAGGCCACUAGCACACUGUAGGAAACAGUGCUGUCUUCUGGGGCAUGCUGGAGGCCCAAGAAAAGACAGGGGGGUCUGGCAUGGGUUACUUCCUAAUAGAUGCUUUUUUGGUUAUAUAUUUUUUUUCAAAUUUAACCAAUUUUGAAGGAGCAAGUAAAGCAGGCUGUUGUAACUUAGUGAAUGUCUUCCUGGAGAGUGAAUGUUAUGGAACUUUUUCGUGUUUCAUAGAUGGCUAACAAUGUUUUAGCAUACUCUUCCAUGUUUAUAUAUGUAAGGGGUUUUACAGCCCUUGCUGAGAAACAAUUAAAAAUCAUAUAUCAGUGUAAUGCACAUAUUUUCUUCAGAUUUUCUGCAGAACUAGAGAGUGAUAUUAAACUUUCGAACGCUGCUUUUAUUUUUCUGAUUACAAUCAUAUAGCCUUAACAAGAGGUUGAAAAACAAUCCUGUUUUAACAAGAAACUAUCGCUGGGACAGUUUCUGUAAUCUAAACUUCUUUUAUCUUCCUGAGGAUAUAUUUAAAAAAACACACCAGAACAUUGUUUUUGCUAAAAGGUUCCACCUAUACAAUUAUUGGUCUUUAUUGUAAUUAUCGAGUUUAGUUAUUUUAUCGUUCGUUAAAUAAAAAUGACCUGAAUCUUAAUUACUCUAGAGAAACAUCAGUAUCUGAUUAUAUUUACUUCUUUGAAAGAGGUAAGGUAUGUAGCUUCAUGUACUUUUUAAUUCUUGGCUCCGAUACAGAGAACCCACAAGGGCCGCAACAGACUGCUGUGUUCACAAAAGUACUAGCCUGCAUCCAGGGUUCCAAAUGGAGGUGUGACUUUUGUUCAAGUAAAGGUGUGCAUUCUGUAACCAGGGGGGAGUUCCCAAUCGUUUGAUUUUUUUCACAUGUCCUGAACAUUUUAUGUCCUUUAUGUUCCUCCUCUGAACACAAGUGUUAAAGACUUUAAAAA